UACAAGGCCAAGGAUUGGCCUACACAGCAUGGUCAGACUUUCAGUAUUACGUAAACCUAGUCACUAUCCUUCUCCUCAGUGUAAUGUUCAUUUGUGUCGGAGCAUGUUUGAAGCCACAACAGUCCGAUCUGGUCUCUGUUGGUAGACGUUCAGUCGUAGCUGUCUACAAGAUAUAGUCAGCCUGGAAGUCAUUCAUUGCACUUUGAGAAAACUUGGAUUGAGAAAACUAACCUCUACAAUUACUGACUUGGAUUGAGAAAACCAGCCUCUACAAUUUCUAACUUGGAUUGAGAAAGCUAGCCUCUACAAUUACUGACUUGGAUUGAGUAAGCUAGCCCCUACAAUUACCGACUUGGAUUGAGAAAGCUAGCCUCUACAAAUACUGACUUGAUUUGAGAAAGCUAGCCUCUACAAUUACCGACUUGGAUUAGCCUGCACAAGUACUGACUAAUUCCACAAAGAAAUCCAGCCUACAGAAAAAUGAGUGACAAAAGCAGUGAUGUUAUUCUUGGAAUAACAAAUCCAGUGUACGAUACUUCCAAUGAAACAGUUCCAGAAUCUCCCCCUGAAGACAAGGAACUAAAGUUCCAACUACUAUCAAACCAAAACAGCCAUUAUGAACUAGCAAAGACCAAUGAGAACGUCAACAUUUGCAAUGACCUCGUACACUUAACCGAAAGCACCAGUGCAUGCGGUGCCGAUUCUCCUGCACAAAAUGCCUCGCCAGAAGCAUGGGGGUUGACUGACUCUGCAGACACCCCAAGAGAAACACCCAGCCAUGGGAAUAAUGCUUUUAUAAGUCCCAGCAGCCACGGUGAGACAGUGCUGCCGAACAUGUCACUACAGGAUACUUUCAAUAAUCAUGAUAAUACAUUCACAAUCACAAACAGAAUGGUUUCACGUUCUAACCUUCAAAACGGUUCAGUGAAGGAAGAAGGCAAAGGCAUGUUCUGUGUUUCCAUGGUUACAGGAGAUUCCACAAAUGGUGAAAGAGGAACUAAUUUCAGGGAAAAUGUAACAGGCAUGUCAAAAGGCACAGAUGACAUUACAAACAGGGACCAAGAAAACAUCCAUCUUCCCACAGGCACCAAUGGAGCAAAACUAGCGGAUGAAAAUUGGUCUAUUUUGUGUCAUUCAAAUGACAUAGGUUAUCUUCCUAGCCAACGAAAUGCAUCCCCUGACGGCCAGAGUGUGGACCUUGGUGAUGGUCUGGGUGGGUUUCAGCUUCAAGACCCUACAUCACACAAACCCUCAAAUGGUACCGAAAUUAAUGCAAUCAUCAAAAUCAAAUCGGACACAGCGCCGAUAGUUGAGAACGAGGAAAAUGGACACGCCGUUGCCAAUGUUCCUGAUACCGAAGCAGUUCAGCCUUCAGGCAGUGGAAUCAGUCGGGUGACAUCCUACAUCACCGUAGCGACGCUGCUUGUCAUCAACUUGCUCAACUACAUGGAUAGAUACACAGUAUCAGGCGUACUGCUCCCCCUUCAGGAUUUCUAUGGAAUCGGUAAUUCCCAAGCCGGUCUCAUUCAGACAUCCUUCAUCUGCACAUACAUGAUCUUCUCCCCAAUAUUCGGUUACCUUGGCGACAGAUACACCAGGAAGUACAUCAUGGCCUUUGGCAUCUUCAUGUGGUCCGUGUUCACACUCUCUGCAUCCUUCAUUGGCAAAGAUUCAUUCUAUGCAUUUGUGUUGCUGCGAGCGCUGGUGGGUAUCGGUGAAGCUAGCUACUCGACGAUCGCCCCCACCAUCAUCGCUGACCUGUUCUCCAAAGGCAUGAGGACGAAGAUGCUGAUGGUGUUCUACUUUGCCAUUCCAGUUGGAAGCGGCCUGGGCUACAUUGUGGGGUCCUACGUUGCGAAGGCGAUGCACAACUGGCAGUGGGCUCUACGGGUUACACCAGGUCUAGGUGCUCUUUGUGUGGUGUUGAUUCUAAUAUUCUGCAAGGAACCACCACGAGGCCACUCUGAGGGUGGAACACAUCUUGUCAACACAAGCUUUUUGCAGGAUAUUAAAGCUCUAUUAAAAAACACCAGUUUUAUGUUCUCGACGGGCGGCUUCACGUGUGUGGCCUUCGUGACGGGAGCUCUGGCCUUCUGGGCCCCGACAUAUAUGGUGGAUUCUAUAGAAUCUCAAAGUCAGACAGUUGACAUGUCACAAGUAGCACAAAUAUUUGGUGUCAUCACUGUAGCUGCUGGGUUCAUUGGCGUUGCGCUGGGGGCAGAGACGGCCAGGAGAUACAAGAAGAUCAACCCCCGGUCUGAUCCCCUGAUCUGUGCCCUGGGACUCUUGUCAUCAGCGCCAUUCCUCUUCUUUGCUCUUGUCCUGGCCAAUUACUCAACGCCAGCCACAUGGGUGCUGAUAUUUCUAGGGGAGACAAUGCUGUGUAUGAACUGGGCGAUUGUCACAGAUAUUUUAUUGUAUGUGGUUAUACCGACAAGACGAUCGACAGCUGAGGCCUUCCAGAUACUCGUAUCUCACGCUCUGGGAGAUGCCGGCAGUCCCUACCUUGUGGGAAUGGUGUCGGACUCCCUGAGUACACGUUUCCACGGGGAUCCCAAGAGUCCCUCGGUACAGUUUGUGUCGUUACAGUACGCACUGUACUCCACUGCCUUCGUCUGUGUCCUGGGAGGGGGCUUCUUCCUCGCCACGGCACUCUUUGUAGAAGAAGAUAAGGGGAAAGCUGAUCGGCAAAUUAGAGGGUCCGUGGACUCAAGUUUUGAUGACGUAGAAGAGGUUGAUGAAGUACAGAUAGAGAGGUCACUGGAUGCUUUCCCCUGAAAUCGGCGGCAGUAAAAGCUGAAAGCGCUGAUGAUGAAGCUGAUAUUUUGCCCAACUCUGUGGAAGGGAUACCCCCCAGGAACUUGCAGCAGUUCACAUAAGACCAUCUGUACCCCAAUACUCUUCUCCAUCUUCACCCUCACCUGAGCUACCAAAGCACUCACAGAGAAGGCACCCAACAUCACAAUGAAACUACUAUGGCCAUUUCCCCAACAUCAGAGAGAGAAACCAACGGUUUUUGUCCACUAGUCCUUAUAAUGAUAACAAAUAGCAUAACACUUAAAAAGGGCAAAUUUCUACAAGUCCUUAUGAUACCUUAACUAUUGGGCAGUUUGGCAAGGAGCACAGGACUAGUGCCAAUUUCUAAUCCUGAAUAUAAGCUGCUUCUUGACUAAGGGUGACACUGUCGCUGUGGGAGAUCUUAGUCCUGAGCCAGUCUACCUUCACUUUAUCGUCCUCUGUUGCUGUGCCUGUUGAGAGCUAUGACAGAGACAGUGACUCAUCCGUGAUCACGUGGCUCUCAGUCGUGACAGCCAUGGUCACCCACCAGCUCAAGAUAUUACAGUCCGAUGAAAGGUUGAGGAACUGUACACAGGUGUGUCCACAGGCUUCGUUACCAUUGGAAGUUUCUAGGUCAGAUAAUUUAAGACAGUGAGUUCAGGCGUACCAUUGAAAACUGACAGACUGCAACAAAAAACUGUCAUAUGUGUACAACAUAGAAGGAAUCGGAAACAGAAAAUGAUGAGAACGUAACUAGGAUCUAAGAAACAGCAUCAUAAAUCUGAGAACACGCUGCUGAAAACAUGGAAACAGCAGCACUAAAACGAACAGACCGCAACCUUCCAAACAAGGAAUGUACAGAACAAGGAGGAAGUUGACCAUCCUGUCGCGAGGAUCACCAAAGUGUGAGAAUCUUUACAUAUUAUAGCACAUAUAUAGACUACUGGUAAUCCAGAUGCAGCGUGUAUUAUUAUAUUAGCGCUGUAAGGGGUAAAUUUACUUGCUGUUUGUUGAUCCCCAUGACAUGACGGACAACUUCCAUCUUGUUCUGCGCACGCUUAGUUUGGACGGGUGCGGUCUGUGUGUUUUUGUGCUGCCGUUUCCAUGUUUUCGGCAGCGUGUUCUCAGAUUUAUGAUGCUGUUUCUGAGUUUUUAGUUACAUGUUUUCUGCUGCUGACACGUUAUGGACAUAUGGCAUAAUUUUCUUUUUGUUGCAGUCUGUAAGUUUUCACUGGUAGGCCUAGAAUUAAAAGAGUCUAGUUAGGUGCAAGUGAAGUGUAAGAUCCCCUCUAAAGGCUUUAGGGAAGUAAUGUCGUGGUAGUGUUUUAAAGAAAAGAAACAUGAUGACCCUUGUUGAUAUGCAAGCUUUUCCUACCUGCUUAAAUAAGAAACAAACAAACA